GCGGGCCGAGCCGAGCGGGGCCGGGCCGGCGGCGCGGGGGAUGUAGCGCUCAGCACCGCGGACAGCGGCGGGGCCGGCCCGCGGUGCCGGGGGGCCCGGGGGCCAUGGCCGGCGUGCAGCAGGGCGAGAAGCAGCUCUUCGAGAAGUUCUGGCGAGGCACCUUUAAAGCCGUGGCCAUGCCGCGACCCGAGAGCAUCAUCGUGGCCAGUAUCACCGCCCGCAAGCCGCUGCCCAGUGGGACACUCGGCUGCCUCUCGUACCCUGCAGAGGACAGACGUCCUGAAAAGCUGAGCAGCUGCGUGGUCAGGGAGACCUCCACCACCAAUGGCUGUGUCAAAGGGAGGGAGAGACGAGACCAUGGGCACCACAGGUCACGCAGCCCUUCAUGUGAUGGGGAGAGGCCGCCACCAGCCCGGGGGAAGAAGAAGAAGAAGAAAUCUGGCCGCAAGAAGCGAAGGAGGUCUCCCUCCUACAGCCCCUCACCUGUGAAGAAGAAGAAGAAGAAAAGCUCCAAGAAGCGAAAAAGAAACAGGUUAUCUUCAAAGAAGAGAAGGCACAGUUCUUCAAGCCCCAAAAGUAAGAGAAAGGAAGAAAGAAAACACAAAAAACACUCUCGUGGGCGCACCCGGAAAUCUCAUCGCCACCGCCGCUGCCACUCCCGCUCGGAGAGCUCCGACUCCCACUCCCCCAGCUGCCGGAGCAGAGCCAGGUCUCGGGAGGAAGGGUGUAAAAUACGGCGAAGACACUCCCGGCACCAUUCAAAGAUCACUGCAAAGAGAAGCUCCUCUGCAGAGGUUCAGGCCAGUCAAAAAGCCAGCCAAACCCUCCCACUCUACAGCUUCCUGUCUCCUAAGGAAGUAAUCUCUCAGUCAGGGUCUUCUGCUGACCUCUUUACCAAAACAGACAGCCCGCCUGGCAACCUAACCCGCCAGAACGGAGAGUAUCAUGAAUAUGACUCAGGAAACGAUACUUCCUCCCCUCCCUCCACUCAAACGAGCUCAUCCAGGUCAAAGGACAGCCAGGAGAAAAGAAGUCUAGUCCAUGAUGGCUUUGGCCAUGCCUUCUCGUCCGGGAAGCCCAAACUGGCCAACAGCGAUAACAGCUCUGAUUCAGGAAAUUCCUUCACCAGUUGUUUUUCCCAGACCAAGGGAACAGCUUUGGAAAAUCUGUCUCCAGAUGCCCAGGGACAAGACCGAAGAGGGUGCCUGUCCUUGUGUCUCAGUUCUUCGGAGGAGAAGAAGCGAAACUUGCCCCCGUCCCCAACCCACAGCUCCCCGCUCAGGCCGUGCUCCCGCAGCGCGUCCUACACCAGCACGGGCAGAUCCUCCCCCGGCUCCAGCCGCUCCCGCUCCUCGCACCACAAGGCCUCUCCCAGGUACUCCCGAAGCAGGUCCUGCUCCUCGGGAAAGAGGUCUUCCUCACGUUCCCCCAGCUAUUCCUCCAAAUCCUGCAAAAAAAGUCCUGGGAGUAGGAGUUCAAGGCCUCGUCGGAGCCCCAGUUACUCCCGCUACAGCCGCAGCAGGGACCGUGAGCGAGAGCACAAGUACAGCUCCAGUGAGAAGGAGUCGCACCGGGAGCGUGACCGGCAGCGUCGGCGCCGCUCCUACUCCCCCCUGAGGAAGCGCCGGAGGGACUCUCCCAGCCACCUCGAAGCUCGGCGCAUCACAAGUGCCCGCAAACGCCCCAUCCCCUACUACCGUCCCAGCCCCUCCUCCUCCAGCAGUGCCAGCAGCUAUUCCUCCUGGUACAGCAGCUUCAGCCGCUCCCCGAGCCGAAGCCGGAGCUACUCCAGCUACCGGACGAGCCGGAGCCGAAGCUGGAGCAGCAGCAGCGCCGAGGGCAGGAGCCGCAGCCGGAGUUCGGGCCCCAGGAGCAGCCGCAGCAGGAGCAGGAGCUAUGACUCAGGAGCCAGCUCCGACAGCCUGCGUCGUUAGGGAGUGCCGCUGGUGGCUGACACCGUGUGCCGGCGGCACCUCCAGAUUCCUGGCAUUCUCCGCUUCCUUCCCACCUACCUGGCCAUCGAUAGCAAUCAUCCCCGAUACUGAUGUGGUGGCAGUGCCGGGUCCCCCUUCCCCGGUUCAGAGUAAGAGCCCUGGAGCGCCUGAUGCAGCCCCUUUGUUCUGCCAUGGAGUGGGUGGAUCAGUCCCAGCUCCCUGUGCCAGGGCUGGAAGAAGGGUCGGUGCUUUACAGAGGGUCUGUCACAACAGACCUGCUCCAUCCUCCCUGAUGCUCCCGUCUCUCCAUCGCUGCCACUCUCCAAAGCACUACCAGCUGUUCCAAAGGAAAGAACUCAGCUCCAGGAACCAACAAAUUAACUUCUGUUGGAGGAAGAGAUCCAGUUAGGGAGGAUUUGCUGGAAAGCUUCCGAGAUGAGGGGGGUGACCUGUCCCCACCAAGGCAAAUAUCAGGUCCUUUGGGUCUCUCCUCCAGAGUAGCUGCCCAUUCUGUAGCAGGCCUUUUCCAUAAGAAAAUAUUUAUUUAUUGCCACUCAGCCAGGCCCUGCUAUAAAUAGAAGGCUAGAAAUCCCUCCUGACGUAAUUUCCAGGGAAAAAAAGGGCUGUUUGCUCUUUCUCCUGCCCUUUCCUACUAAGUAACCACACCUUUUGCAGGGUUGUUUUAUCCCCCAGUGCUGACUUGCUUGCAAGCAGCCUGCUGAGGUCUGAAGCAGACAUCGGGCUGGUGGGGUACAAGGCAGAGGGGAGCUGCUGCCAUGCUGCACUCCGAGGGUCAGGCAGUGGCAUGGGAGACAGGGGCCACGUGGUUCCCUUCUUGGAGGAAGCCUCGUGCAGUUUGGGUUCAGGUUUUUCUAAAGGGAGCAUUGCCCUUGGAGUGGAACCGUAGGGAGGUGUGGAGACAGCCUGGUUGUGGGGUACAGUGAGAGCACACGGGGUUAAAAGGGCAUUGCAUGAGCCAGGGGACCCCAAAUCCCUUUCCUGAAACACGCAGUAGUUUUAAGCAGGAUUUCAGGAAGCCAUUUCUCCUUGAGCCCCUCAGGCUGCCCUGAGGCAGGACCAGCAGCACAGUAGUGCUGGUGCCAGGCUGCAGCAGGGUUUACUGGUGGCCCAGUUUGUCACCGGGAGGCCAGAGCAGUGCAAGGGGACAGGAAGGGCCCCCCACUAAUUGCCUGUUUUUCCAGGGAGCCGCAGGCAGUGGCAGGAGGGCCCUGCCUGCCCGGCCUCCCUGGGCCCUGGGGUUUUGUCUCCCUGCCAGCCCAGCUGCCUGCGCAAUUACUGUGUUUUGCCGGGUAACAAAGGCUUCUCCCAGCACAGGCUGAGCUGGUGCUGAGGAGUUUAUUUCUCUUACAACACCUGGGUGCUUAGAGACGCUAAUUUGGACUUCCCACCCUCCCUUUUUCCAUCCCCUCCCCUUCCAUCCUGCCUGAUUAUUAACGAGUUUGGGCUUAAUGAGUCAAGGAGGUGUGUUGUUUAAAUGUCACACAGAAAAGGGCAGAGUGGAGCCACCAUCUGCGGGAGGAGGAGAGGGGGUAGAAAGGAAUGUAACUCUCCCCCAUCUAAAGAGUUACCUACAGCCCCCCCAGUGCCCCUGGCAGCAGGAAAAGGGCCAAAGCAGCAAGUGGAAGAAAGCCAAGUGCCACGAGGUGUUGUGGUGGAGAUGGAUGAUCGCCUCAGCAAGCCUAUAAACCUGUUACCUCUUGAAAAGUAUAGCAGUGAGGGCUGGAAUUCCACCUGGGUGGUACGAGGGGAAGUUUUAUGCCAGGAGUCUCUUUCCCCGUAUCCUUCCUACUGCUGGUUCCCCUUGUCCUGUGCCUUCAACACCUAAAGUCCCCCCUUUUCCCAGACCCUGCUCCCCAGCCUUGCUCUCUGUAGGUAAUGUUAGGAUGAGGAUGGCUGAGGCAGAGGUGGGCACUGGUGUAGUUGGUGGUUUGGUAGGGGCAUAUCUGUCUCCUGGGAUGACACUUUCUAGGACAAAGAGAGAAGCAUUCCUUGUAGGGCUGAGCAAAUGCUCCAGGGCUGUGGUUGAGGGAUCAAAGACAGGGUGUUCUUGCAGUGGGGUGCCACUGCCUUCCCUCCUGUGCUGGCCCUGACAGUGGUCCCUUGGCCACCUUCUGCAGUGAGCUCCCUCUCUAAAGGGCUGAAAACCUCACAAUUCUUCCCCAAAGAGUCUUUCCCAGUCUGAUGCUGAAACACCCUGUCCUUCUGCUCCCGGGGAAGAUCCAAAGGCAGUGAUGGGAGCUCAGAUCCCAGCUUUACCAAUGUUUCAGGAGUAGCCUCCUGCCCCUUGGCACCCUGUAACACACACAUGCAGCUGUAGCAAGGAAGAAGCGAGCCAGAAGAUCCAAAAUUAAGAAGGAAAAGAGGAGGGGCUUUGUGCAACUGGUGUAAAUACCAAACACACAUCGUGGCUGGGGUUGGACAAUGGAAGCACCACACCAGGAUCAGCAGCAUCCACUCACCGUGGGACAGGAGAUGACCCUGAGGGUUGCACAGGGCUCUCAAACCUGUCCAGCUGAUCCAUGUUUCAAGGACUGCAUCUGCCUGGACAGUCCAUGGCAGCUAAACGUUCCUGGGGUUUCCCAAGCAGACUUGCAUUGGAUUAAACCUCCUAAAUUAUUUAUUUAUUUAUUUAUUUAUUAUUAUUAUUAUUAUUCUAUUUUUAAUUCUAUGUCAGAAUGGAUGCAAGUGGUCACCGUUACCAGUAUUUAUUUAUUUUUUUUUUAAACAUUAAGUUAUUUUCGGAUUUGUUUGUUUGUUUGUUUGAAUGUAUCCAUGCUGCCGGUCUCACGUAAAGGUUUACAGCUCUGGCCCCUCUUGCUGAGGAGUGACAGUCACUCCUGCUGCCAACGUGUCCCUUUGUGCUCUCUGGAGCAGGGCGGACAGAGGGACGCAGGGGCAGAGCUGUGUGUUUUCACGUUAAAAUCUCGGGUCUCUCAUUAGAUUUGCGCAGGAAUGUGAUGGAUGUGAGCGUACAGACGGGUGUAGGAGCUGACAGAGGUGAUGGCGAGGGUCUGCCGGCCGGCUGAGCCCCGGGGUGUUGGCAGUGCUGCGAGGGGAAGUGUCUCCCGGGCCGUGCUCCGCCGGCCGGGUGCCAGUUGGCUGCUGCGCUGUUUCCCUUGGCUCCGCAGCCGGUGCUCAACCCGAAACCAAUCCGCUCCACAGAGGCACUGCUGGUUUCCCUGGGAGGAUGCCGUCGCCAGGACUCCCCUGCUGUGUUUAUCCCUGCGCAGUGACCCACCCAUGGGAAAACUAAAGAAAAUGAGACUGUGAGAGACUGAUCCCCGCGGAAGGUCCUUGCAAAAUCCAGUCCGUGUGUGUGUACGUAUGUAUGUGCACAUGUGCAUAUACAUGUGUUUCCCUUGGUCAUGGUAUUUAUUUUUUAACUUACUUAAGAUUUUUAGUACAACCUGGAACAUCACCCUCCCUUGUCAGUGGACAACUGGGGUUUCUGUGAGUUUGUGUGAAGCCCGUGAGCUUUUCUGUCUCUGUGCCUUUUGCCAGUGCUUUUUUUUUCUUUUUUUUUUUAAUUCUCUCAUUUGUUGCUUUUAUGGAUUUUUGCUCUGAAUGCAACAUCUCAGAUUGCUGCAGGUGCUCUCUGCAAAGAACAAGUUCAUCUGGUGGAAAAGCAACUUGGUCAUUUUGAUGAUGGUGAAUUGCUGCUCACCUGUGGUCAGACACACACAAGGGAUGUCCAAGGCUGGCCAUAGCAUCAGGAAAAUGCUGGGAAGCAAAGAUAAGGGAUGUUUCAAAGCACUGUUCUGUUUGUUCUUUUCUUCAUGGCUUACAGCACUCAGCUGAGCUUUGCUUUAUGUUGACUGCAACUUUCUCAAUGUUUUUGUUGUUUUGGGGACUGAAUUUGUACCAAAUUUGUCUGCAACAGCCAAUCACUGUUAUUUUGCUAUGCAUUGUACAUAUAUUGAACAGGCUGAGAGGACUUGGCCUCUAUUUAAUAUUUAUUUCUUCUAUUUAUUGAGCAUUAAUUUAAAAAAGCUAUUUGGGCCAUGCCGUUGGGUCUAUGAAGGUAGGAGCCUUUGAGGUGUUGCCAUAUAUGUUGGAGAGAAACAGGCAAACUGGGCUCAUUUGGACUUCACCAUCAGUGAUUUAGGGAAGAACCUCAUUGUGACAGAGAUGGGCAAGGCAGCUGAAAAUUCUCCAUCUCUCUGGACCAGCUCCUGUUGACAAAUCACAACCCACUGGAAAGGUGCAGGGCAUUCAGAGGUGACAGGCCAGCUCUUGUGGAGGAAUAACCCUGCUCCUCUUCCUCUGCCAUAUGGAAUAGGGCUGCCUGGAUCACCAAAGAUCCCUGGAGAUCUCUGAUCUCCCACUGCUGGUCCCCUCUUCCCUCUGGGAGAGGGGAAUACUUGUCACCUUUGCAUGGAUGAUGAGGAAGAGGAUAGGGUUGAAGUGACUGGCCGUAGUCUCUACCAGGAAGGCAGGAUGUCCACACUGCCCCAUCCUCAGACCCUUGUGCCAUGUGCUGCUUUUCCCCCUUCCCUGAGCUUUGUGCCAGAACCAGUAGCUUUGCCCAGGUGGGAGCUCAGGAAAGGUGGCCAGGGCAGGACUGGGGAGGUCUCUGCUGUUGUUUCCAACACAAGCAGAGCUUGCUGCAGGAAUCCUCCCCCAGCUUUGGAAAGAGCUCGGGACGUGCUAAAAAUCACGACCUGCCCCAGUGUCCUCUUUCCCCGAGUGGGAGGUGUUUGUGCUCCAUGGGCAGAGAUGCCUGUGGUGGUGGAGUGUGGAUGUGGCUCUGGCAUUGAUAUGUGCCCAGUGCUGGGCUGUUCCCAGGGAGCUGGCUGGGAGCUGCUGGGUGCUCAGCCUUGGGGCAAUUGGGAUAUGGAUCUGAGAAAGGGAUGGAUUCAGGUGCCUAAGUGAAGACUUUGCCCUGUAGUGUCCAGUGGGGUUUUAUUACCUCUUUACCAGAGAACAAAUAAUUCUCAUGACUUUGCUGCUACCUGGAAGUUUGCACAUGACUGGGAGGGUCCCUGAAGCACCGGUACAUCUGCUGUUGUAGCAACAGCAUUGUGGUCAAGCAUCCCAACUUUUGGGCUACUGCCUAAAGAAAAACACCCUGAUCCUCACAGGCCUGGGACAGCUCUCCACCUUCAAAACCCAGGGAAUGAGCAGAUCUAGAAAAGCCAAGGCAUGAGAAAAGCCGUGAGGGAAACAGUGUCUCUGUUUUCUCGCCCGUUGGUCGAUUCCACACCAAACAACAUUGGUGCAUCUGUUUGUUUGAGUUCGUUGUAAAGCUCCCCUUGCUCUCCAUCGACAUGUGUUCUGUAUCCUUUAGUCUUCCUGGGUGUUUGAGUUGUUAGCCUGGUUAGAAAAAGGUUCCAAUAAAGGUUCGGACAGUA